CCGAGUAAAAUUAAAAAAUUGUGGGGAAAUUUUGCUGGGUUUAGAGAACAGCUGGGAGUCAGUUUUGUCUAAAUGCAGAGGGUUGCAAACAGAUUGAAGGGAGAUUUUGAAAGGCCUAGGUUUGCAAGUACAGAAGGACCACUACAUAUGGUGGAGGGGGUGGGAUUUUGGAACUGUGUACAACAUGACUUCCAUAAUCACAUGUGCAGCCGCAGGCAAGAUGGCCGUUAUUUUUUGUCUUACUCAAGGUCAGGAGGAUAGUCAGUGAUAGUGCUGAGCCUAGGCUUAACUACAGAAUCCUCUCCUACAUUAUGGAAAUACAUUGUGGAAUAUAACCAGAUAAGUAACCUUGAUAAAACACUAUCCUCUUCAGAACUGGUUCCAGAACAAAAAUGCCCAACUACCACCUAGAGAGAGACACAGAACGUCUGCUGCUAGGAAAGCAUGAGGCUCUGCUGGGUAGAGCUGACUAUCCUUCUCUGGAGACACAGGGAGUUCCCAGUCAACAGGAUGGCUCAUGUGACACUCUGGUCCCAGGUAUUAAAAAGGAACCAAGCUAUGCUUUGGAGUACCAAGGUGACGUGGGAAGUAAACUUGGUCCUGCCUAUCCAUUUGCCAGCUACAAAUCGGCACUCCUUCUUCAUCCUCCUACAUCUUCUGUGCAGUGUUUUGAGAGGGACAGGCCUGAGAGAGGGGAAAGCCAGCAUAUAAGGCCCUUCAUUCUGCACCAUGUUUGUACUGUGCAGGGAGAGGCAGCAGCAACAGAAGCAGAAGGUCCAUUGUCAUUACUCACUAUUUCAAGGACAGCAGGCAGCAGGUGCCCGCGCUUCAGUCAUAACAGCUUGGGGGGUGGGUGUUCCCAAACUAACAGAGAGCCUCUCUGUUCUCAGCUUCAGCAUGUACCUCGGCAAAUAAUGGUCAGGUCUCUGCCAAUGCCUCUUGGGCAAGAUAUACAGCAAGGAGCUGCAGAGCAACCCAGUUCCCAAAUGCAGCAGCUUUGGAAUGAAGGGUCUACAAAGGUCAACUGCUGGGACCAAGAAUGUGGCUCUAGGAAAUGAUUCUAAGCUCCUGAAAUAAUAGCCAUAGGUCAUCCCAUAGUCAUCCACACAGCAGCUGAAGGCAAAGCCCUCUCCAGGGCCCGCCAAUACUGCCUUUGGGAAAACUCCAAGAGCUGCUGAUCCUUUCUGGUAGGGUAGCCGUGCCCAGCAGUGUUAUAGCCCCUAACCAACAGCUUAUAGCGAUGUGUAGAAAGCUGGGCUGGAGUAUGGAACACAAAACCAACAAACACAAUAGCAGCAAGACAACCAUCCAACAGAAGUUGCUGAAUCCAAAGCAAUUACAAGCAACAUGAAGGGCACAACUGCAGUAGCCUUUGGAUGAGAAGGCCUACAAGGCUGCCGUUGCAAAGCUCUCUACUCCGUGGAGCCAGGGCAGCAGCUGUAUGUCUUCCUGCAGCCAGUUUCACCGAAGCCCUGACUGUGAAGGACCAACAACUCCAGUUGGUCUCCAUACAUCUGGAAGCAGCCCCUUCACUGAGGCCUCUUGAACUUUCUCCAGUUAAGGUAGGAACUUCCAAUGGAGCUGCAGGCCAGGCUGUUGCACUCUAAAGAGCCCCAGGAGGAUGUUGGAUCAGCUGUGCAGCCCACAGCAUCCCUUUAGCUGAGAGCUGGUGCGUGGGACUCAAGUGUUGUGACCAAGUCACCUGUGGAUGUGGAGCAACAAGAUGUCACAAGAUCUGAGAGUACCCAGUGGAGCAUCUGAAUGCCACAUUGGUAACCUGAGUUUUUGAGGAAAAGCCUGGCGUCUGUGAACCUCUAUCUUUAAAAUGGUUUUCAUAAUUUUGAGCUUUAAGAUACAGAACCGGGCUUCCCUGGUGGCGCAGUGGUUGAGAGUCCGCCUGCCGAUGCAGGGGACACGGGUUCUGUGCCCCAGUCCGGGAAGAUCCCACA